AUGGUAGUACAUAACCCAAACAACUGGCACUGGAUAGACAAGAACUGUCUUCCAUGGUCCAAGGACUAUUUCAGAGACAAUGUAUUGGAAACGGAGUUUGAAAACGACGAGUACAAGAUUGUGCUUACGAGUGUAGAUUCGGUCAGUGGCGACUGUGACGUGACCCAGAGAAAGGGGAAAGUCUUGUGCAUCUACGAUAUGAAGUUACAAUUUUCAUUGAGUGUAGACUUGAAGGCCGAAGAAGAUGAGGAUAAGAACUCAUUCAAGGCCAGCAUAUCGGUGCCAGAGUUUGUGCACGACCAGGAAGAAGACGAAUAUGUGUUUGAGAUUUCUGCCGACGACAAGAAGGCUGAAAUCAGAAAGUACUUCGUUCCAGUGUUGAAGCUGAAGUUGAUGAAGUUCCAGAAUGACUUGAUCGAGUCUCAUGCCAAAGACGUCCAACAUGCCACAUAG